UUAUCGCUCAAAUUUUUGGCAUAGUAACUAGUAUUUAGAGAGAAAUUUUUUUGUGGUUCUUAUUGACUGUUUCCAGCAAAUAUUUUAAUUUUUAAUCAAUUGCAUCAGCCUAUUUUUAUCAGUUUUAUGUGGAAUCGUUUUUUGUGUUGACGUUUAGGUUAUGUCUGUCUGGAAACCUUACACAAAAUUACAGGCGAAGAGCGCAUUUCAUCAGCUUAAAGAUCUAUUUGCCGAAAUUUAAAAAUGUGAAAGGUGUUGACGGAUCUGACGCAAUCUGACGACAGAGAAAAACAUGGACUGUUUAUAAAAAUGGACAGCACGAUCUCCGGGGUUCAAAAUGUGGGUUGAAAUAGCUUAAAGUUCAAAGUACAAAUAGUAAGAAUAAUGCAGAGUGAACGUUUUCUAAUUAAAUACAUAAGUGUAAAUAAUUGUUUCCUAUAUUUGCCGGAUUCAUGGCUACGAAGAGUAUCAUCAAAGCCAAAUAUUGUUAGACUAUCUCACAAAGAUUCAGAUUAUUACUUAUCCUGGUUUUUAUUACCGGGUCCUCAUGAUUCUCCAUCCUUAAGUGCAACUUUUGCAAGAAGUUUGGAUAUUAAAGAAGGUGAUGAAGUUUUUAUUUCCUGCGUAUCAGAAUCGCCUUCUGUUACGAGCAUUACAGUCAUUCCAAAAAGCGAUCAAGAUCAAGAAAUUUUAGAGCUUCAAUUUGAAAAAGUCCAGUCAACUCUUCUCGAUCAAAUUUCAAUCGUCGCAAAAAAUCAACCAAUAAUAGCAUGGGUUUCGAAAAGAUUAUACGUAACAAUGGUCGUAGAUUUCCUCGAUCCAAAUUUCCGUUACGGAAAGCUGAACGAACACUCGGAAGUUCACGUGAAAGACGCAGGUACGAAAACAGAUGCAAAGCACAAAUCGAAGUCGAGAGACACUCAAGACCGCAGUACCGGAAGCGGAAUAUGGAGCGUUUUGAACAAGCACCUGCCGUCGAUAUUCACGGAUAGCAGCGACGCUGCAAUCCCGGAUAUGACUCCCGAUGAAAUCCAAGCUGAAUUGGACAAAUAUCUCAAUAUAAGUCCUCCUCAAACCUUCCGAGCACACGAAAUCUUAAAAAUAGUAGAUACAACUCAAACGAAUGCCUCCGAAGUAGCCUUGCGUUGUCCUUACAACGUCUUUGUUCGACAAUGCCACUUGCCACUCUCUUUCGACUCCACUCAAGAUAAUCUUUUCAAAAUCCGAAAAGUUCUAGGAGAUGCUCGUUUUGUGAGGAAGAAAAAUAUAGAAUUGAUUUUGCCAGCUGAUCGAAUUGUACCUCAUGAACCAACCGAGUUAAUUGUUAAGUUGUUGUGCUUAGAAGAUCAUUUGGAGCAGUGCUCUACUCUCGUUGAUAAAGAAUAUUUUGCAUCUAUUUCAAAGCAAAAGAUUAUCUACAUAUCACCGAAUUUAGCAAUGAAUUUGAAACUGAGCGUCGGUGGUAAAGUGCUGUUAGAAACUUUUCCGCGAACCGAAAAUAGUGUUUCUUCCGUAGAACUUUUUCCAAUUGAUGAAGCGGUGACUUCUGAGAUUUUUGAGGAUUAUAUUAAAGAACGCUCGAAAUAUGAAAGAGUGUUAAUGAAUUCGUGUUCUAGGAUACUGUUUGAUAAUGGAAAUGUCUGCAUUUUAAAAAUAUCUCCGGAAUGUAAAUAUUCUUUUUUUGAUGCAGAUUGUUUGAAAAAUUUAAAAGUUCAUGUGAAUGAAGUAAUAGAGACUAAGAAGGAUGAAAGUUUGAGUGACGGCGAGGAUGAGGAAAAUGUUGAAUUGAGGAUAGAUAAUAUUUCAAUGAGGAUCUUUGAUGAAAUUUUGUCGGAAUGUAAAUUAACCUUGGAUCUUAGUUUGGGUUUGCAUAAUAUAAAAGGCCUGGAAUAUGAUCGUGAAAAUAUUUUGAUUUGCGGAGAUGUGGGCUCUGGUAAAACCACAGUAUGUAGAAUAUUAGAAGACAAGUUACGAAAGCCUCCUCAUUUUAUUCAUACACGCAGAAUCGACUGCAAACGACUGAAAGGUAAAAGGGUGGAUCCGAUAUCAAAAAUAAUUGAAUCUGUAUUAAAGGAUUGUGUAUUUCACCAGUAUUCAGUUCUCUUUCUCGAUGAUUUGGAAUUCAUAACGAAUGCGUCGCAAAAUGAAGAAGAAGCGACGCCUGAUUCAACUAAUGCUACGAGGAUCACAGAAAUGAUAAUUGAACUAGUAACGAAAUGUCAAGCCGUUCAUGAAAUAUCGUUGAUAGCUACUUGCGCAGAUGUAAAUAAAAUUGGUGAGAAAAUGAGGGCUCCAAGAGGAAUUCAUUUUUUCCGAACCCUUUUGUCGAUACCAGUUUUGAAAAAGGAAGACAGGAUAGAGGUUUUGCAACUGAGUCUCAAGGAUAAGUUGGAAGUAUCCAGUGAAAUUGACUGGGAUAACUACGGAAAUAAAACAGAAGGUUGGAUGGUUGAAGAUAUAGUAGAUAUGGCAGAGAAAGCAGCUUUCACCGCCUAUAAACGACAUGUGGGUGGAAACUUGAAAUCAAGCGUCACGCUUUUGGGUGAUGAUUUGUCGAGUGCUUUGGAUCGUAGCAAACCAAGGUCACUGCAAGGUGUCAAUUUAUACAAAGGUCCUGGAUAUUCAUGGUCGGACAUAGGAGGUUUAGUUAACGUAAAAAGGUCAUUGAUUGAAAUUUUACACUGGCCUUUAAAGUAUCCAGAAAUUUUCAAAAACGCCCCGAUUAAAUUGCAAAGUGGAGUCUUGCUUUACGGAAUGCCGGGAACUGGAAAAACUAUGUUAGCUGGUGCGAUUGCAAAAGAGUGUGGACUGAACAUGAUUACUGUUAAGGGGCCAGAGUUAUUAUCGAAAUAUAUUGGUGCGAGUGAAGAAUCGGUGCGGAAUAUCUUCGAAAAAGCUAAACGAGCAAAACCAUGUGUCUUAUUUUUUGAUGAAUUCGAUAGUCUUGCUCCCAGACGUGGUAAUGACAGUACUGGUGUCACUGAUAGAGUAGUUAAUCAGUUAUUGACACAAUUGGAUGGAGUUGAAGGAAGAGAAGGAGUUUCUGUGGUUGCAGCAACUUCAAGGCCAGAUUUAUUAGAUCCGGCUCUUCUGAGACCCGGAAGACUUGAUAAAUGUUUGCUCUGUCCCCUGCCAGAUGAUAGUGAGAGGGAAGAAAUUUUAAGAGCUCUCUUUAAAUCUAACAGAAUAAAUACAGAGAGUUUGGAUUUAAAAGAGUUGGCAACUUUGUCAACGGGAUACACUGGCGCUGAUUUGAAAGGAGUUUUAACUCAGGCAAGAUUAGUAGCUUUGGAAGAAGCUUUGGAGACUGCAACUCCGGAGGAGAAGAAAAAAGUCGACGGAAGGAACCUUACACAGAAACAUUUACUGGAUUCUUUGAAAUCAACAAGACCAUCCCUAACAACUGCAGAAAAAGAUAAAUACACCUUCGUUUAUUCUCGAUUUACAAAAGGCAGUGGCAUGCCCAGUGAAAAUUUACCGAAACAGAAAGCAACUUUGGCUUAAUUUGUAAAUAAGUUUUGAUCUGUGAAUUCCCAAAUGGUGAGUUGUACAUGUGCCAUUAUUUGAAUAUGAACUGUAAAUAAAAAAUGGUUACUUUUGGGAAA